GUGUGAACAGGAAGUGUCACGAGAACGAGGAAAAAGCUGUGAAAGCUGGAAUUGUCUCUUGGACCAGGAUGACAAGACCACUCUCUGUGACCUGACAGAGAAAAGGAAGAGAAGGCUUUGAGGAUUAUGUGCCAUUCAUAUUACUGAGUAAUACCAUAUCUGGACAUAAUGGAGCUAGUAGUGGCCAAGGUCCUUUGCCUUCUGGGGGUGUUUGCUCUUAUGUUGGCUGGGAUUCUUGUCCCAGUGCGCCUGAUGAUGCAGGUGGACUAUGAGAAAGCCCAAAGCUACAGGAAGGCUCUUGCACUCUGCAAUUCUUUUGGAGGUGGUGUAUUUCUGGCCACUUGCUUCAAUGCUCUUUUGCCAGCAGUAAGAAACAAGGUGGACGAGGUCCUUAAGCUGGUGAAUAUAACCACAGACUACCCCCUGGCAGAGACCAUGAUGAUGCUGGGCUUCUUCCUCACAGUUUUUGUGGAGCAAGCAGUGCUCACCUUCAAGAAGGAAAAGCCAUCAUUCAUCAACCUGGAGACCUUUAACGCAGGGGUAUCCGAGGCUGGGAGCGACUCUGAGUACGACACUCCAUUCAUUUCUCCCACUCGGGGCUCCCCUGUGGGCCACCACCAUGGGCAUCACCACGGACACCUCAGCCCCACUGAGAUGGCCAGAGCUGGGCCUCUGCGGCUGGCCAGCCUGGUCCUGGCUCUCUCUGCCCAUUCUGUGUUCGAGGGGCUGGCCCUGGGCCUCCAGGAGGAUGGGGCCAAGCUGGGAAGCCUCUUCUUGGGGGUGGGCAUCCACGAGACCCUGGCCGCCGUGGCUCUGGGGGUGAGUGUGGCCAAAGCUGCUUUGCCCAUGAGGGAUGCCAUCAAGCUCGGUGUAACGGUCAGCCUCAUGAUUCCCAUUGGCAUCGGACUGGGCAUGGGCAUCAAUAGUGCCCAAAACCUGGCAGGCAGUAUUGCCUCUGUGGUGCUCCAAGGCCUGGCUGCUGGGACUUUCCUCUUUGUCACCUUCUUUGAGAUCCUGUCUCGGGAGCUGGAGGAUAAACAUAACAGACUGCUAAAGGUGCUCUUUCUUAUACUGGGCUAUGGGGUACUAGCAGGCCUAAUGUUCAUCAAGUGGUGAUGGACAGAAGAGGCCUUUUUAAUGCACUGAGAUGUCGAUGAGGAUCUUACUGGCCACACUUUGCAUUGUGCACACCAACACUACCAAAGUAAACUUUUUUGGUUUUGGUAAAGGGGUGUGGUAAAUCAAGUUUAAUUGUUUUUUUCUUAGCAUUUACACUGGAACAUGUUUGCUUACUUAUUAAGGCUACGUUACUGUUUUAGUUUCUGCCAUAGGGAAUACUCCAUGUUCCUGCCAUUGAGUAGUAAUGGUAAAGUGAGUCACUUUGACAGGAUACUUUUGUAUACGUUGCCAGACACAGGAUUAAAACUCAUGUAGAGAUAUCAGGAUAAGUACUCCAUAGCAUUUCAAGUAAAGACACUGUUGUCUUAUUGGCAUUUUGCAAGACGAGUGAAGUGAUAACCUACUUAUAACAUAAAGGAAACCUUUUAAUGAAGAACAUUUAUAAGAAUACUACUUGCAGUGAUAUGUAACAAAUGUAAACAUAUUGAUGUUUGUGGUUGAACGAUAAUGUUAUAAUGGUGGUUAUUAUGCAGUGGUGCAUAUUUGAAGUGUUGUUCAUGUUUUCCCCUGUCUGGUCUAUACCUGCUGUUUCCAUGGUCAGUAUGCUAUUUGUAAAUACAGUUGGAAGUCGGAAGUUUACAUACACUUAGGUUGGAGUCAUUAAAACUCAUUUUUCAACCACUCCACACAUUUCUUGU